UUUCAGACAGCCUCCACAUAGCUUAGAACAUUGCAAGUAAGAUCUUUUAUGAUCACCCAAUUUGAGAGAGGUAACUGGGAAAGGCAGGUCCCUCUUACAGAUCAAACCUACAGUGUACCAGGCAAGAGGAGGGCAAAGGAAGAAGAAUAGAAGAGAGUCUGCUUAGACAGAGGAGCAACAGGCAAUGGAUCCCAAGGGUUGGUGUGAGAAACUAAAUGAUGGCCACGUGAUUCCCGUACUGGGAUUUGGCACCUAUGCACCAGAAGAGGUUCCUAAGAGCAGAACUGUGGAGGUCACCAAACUAGCUAUAGAUGCUGGGUUCCGCCAUAUUGAUUCUGCUUAUUCAUACAAUAAUGAAAAGGAGGUUGGACAGGCCAUCCGAAGCAAAAUUGAAGAUGGCACUGUGAAGAGAGAAGACAUAUUCUACACUUCAAAGCUUUGGCUGACCUUCCUUCAACCCGAGUUGGUCCGGCCAGCGUUGGAAAAAUCUCUGACAAAUCUUCAGCUGGACUAUGUUGACCUCUAUAUCAUUCAUUUUCCAAUAGCGCUGAAGCCAGGGGAAGAACUUUUUCCAGAAGAUGAACAUGGAAAAUUAAUAUUUGACACAGUGGAUCUCUGUGCCACAUGGGAGGCCAUGGAGAAGUGUAAGGAUGCAGGAUUGGCCAAGUCCAUUGGGGUGUCCAACUUUAACCGUAGGCAGCUGGAGAUGAUCCUGAACAAGCCAGGGCUCAAGUACAAGCCUGUCUGCAACCAGGUGGAAUGUCAUCCUUAUCUCAACCAGAGCAAACUGCUGGAUUUCUGCAAGUCAAAAGAUAUUGUCCUAGUUGCCUACGGUGCUUUGGGGACUCAACGUCUAAAAAGAUGGCUUGCCCCAAACUCCCCAGUCCUCUUGGAGGAUCCAGUCCUUUGUGCCAUGGCAAAAAAGUACAAGCGAACUCCAGCACUGAUUGCCCUUCGCUACCUGCUACAGCGUGGGGUGGUGGUCCUGGCCAAGAGUUACAAUGAGAAGCGGAUCAAAGAGAACAUGCAGGUUUUUGAAUUCCAGUUGACUUCAGAGGACAUGAAAGACCUAGAUGGCUUAAACCGAAAUCAUCGAUUUCUUCCUUUACAAAUUGCUGUUGACCACCCGGAGUAUCCAUUUGCUGAUGAAUAUUAACAUGGAAGCCUUUGUCCUGAAUUCUACCAAAAACCCUGAUUGCAGAUAAUGACACAAGAAAGGUCUCAGAUGUUGGUGAUCAGACACAUCUGCAUGGGUUCCAUCCAUGCUGCUUAGCAACUCAUGCUCAGCUAGACUUAAGUCUAUAGGUUAGGAAGGAAAGGUACUGCAUUUUUGUCAUCUUCUGCAAAAAAUUAAAGACUUUUUUUACCUAAAGA